AUGUCAUCCGCCCUAACCCUCCUCCCCCCCUCACCUUCCCCAUCAAAACUCAAAUACGCGACCGUCCUAGACGCAGGAUCCUCCGCGACGCGUGUAUACGUGUAUAGCUGGGACGCCAGCCAGGGAGACGAGAAUCUAAAAGUCACCAAAGUGUACCCCGAUGAAGAGGCACUGGCGAAAGAGAAGAACGGGUCGGUGGUACUUGAACGCACGCCUGGUUUCGCAAAAAUGACACCUGAAAAAACGGAAUCGUACCUCAUCCUCCUUCUCGAGGGUGCACACUCCUUCCUCCGAGUCAUCAACUCCUCAUCUCAAGAAUCAAGCGUCCCAGUCUACCUCCUCGCAACAGGCGGCAUGCGCCUCCUCUCGGAGACCUCCCAACUUCCCCUCCUGCAAAAGGCCCACCAAGUGCUGAGUGACGCGCAAAAGUUCCCGUUGUUUGAUGCGGGGACGAGGGAGGAGAAUGUUAGAGUUAUAAGUGGGAGGACGGAGGGCGUGCUUGGGUGGGUUGCGUUGAAUUAUGGGGAUGAGCGGAAGCAGGGGUUGUUUGAGGUCGGUGGGGCUAGCGUCCAGAUUGCUUAUGGUGCUGGGAGGCAUUUAACGGGUACGGGGGGUGGGAAUGCGAAGGUUUGCAUUGCGAAAGGAGGUGCCGCCGAUGAAGUUUAUUCGGAGACGUGGGAUGGGUUCGGGGCUGAUUCCGUUUAUGCGGAGUUGAGGAAUAUCAUCUGGAACGAGGCCCGUGCCGCUGGUGACAGCGUUGGGAACCCAUGUCUUCCGCGCGGUGCACCCGAUGCACAUAUCAAAGGGAUCAUCGGGACAGGCGACUUCCGGACCUGCCUCUCACUCGCCAAACGGAUCUUAACGCAAGGCGCGAAAAAGAGCCCGCCGAUGCCUUAUUACCCAUUCGUCCAAGAAACCUCGAACCUUUUUAUCGGCGUCGCGAAUCUGCAGUAUACGUACGAUUUUUUCGCGGCGAAGCCUGGGGCGGGGUAUCUUGUUUCGGAACCUUACAACCGAAGACUGUUCACGGCAGCUGUGGAGCGGUACUGCACGGGAUUCUUCGAUGGAGAAGUAACCAAGUUCAGCCACGCGUGGUGUUUCAAGGCAGCGUGGAUGUUGACGGUUUUACAUGAUGACGAGAGUGGGUUUGGGAUGGAUAAGGUGCAAGUUUUGAAAGGAAUGUUGAAGUUUCCUAAUGGGAGAGAGAUGGAGGAACGUGCGAGCUGGACGAUGGGUGCUGCGGUGUUGAUUGCGCGGAAUGGGGGUCUGAAGGGGUGUAGAGGUGCGGUUGAGCCGUUGAGCGUGGGUGAGGGGAGAGGAGAGACAUUUGGGGUUGUGGCCAAACGGAUUUUCGAGCUUGGAGCGAUGGAUUUGGGUGUUGGUGGAUUGGCGCCGUUUGCAAGCGUUGCGAACGCAUUGGACUCGGCGCGUGCUCGUGCUAGUGGAAAUGUGACAGCUGGUGUUGUCAACGUUGCUGGCUUCGCUGCUGUGCUGUUUGUUCUGUGGAUCUUUGUUCGUCGACGCUUUAGGGGAUCUCGCGCCACGGCGAGGAAGGUGGGUUUACUGGGCAGUGGUUUGAUGUUGUGA